AAUUAAUUAGUGUAACCAGGCACGUCGAAGAACUUGGCAAUGUUAUACUGGUGUUAACGAACAGCUGUUUCGGCAAAACAAGAAAAAUAUAUCAUGCAAACAUAUUUUUUAAAUGCUUAACAAAUCAGACGAAAUGGAAGACACAAUUCUAAAGGAGCUAGAACCACUGCCACAGAUAUCUAUAUGGACAUCGGUUAGCUGCUGUUUCGCCAUGGCCAUACUCUAUGUGGGAUCACUGUAUGUCUGGGGAACCAAACACAAUCGAGAUAGAGAUCAUCCAUCGACCAUAAAACGACGAUUUGCUAGUGUUUCGGUAGUGAUGGGAUUGGCCUCACUUUUUGUUUACUUCUUUUCAUCUGAGGAACUGCUAGAACGUGAAAAUUUUCCAGUUUUGCUGGGAUUACGCUGGCCAGGAUUGUGGCAAGCUGCACUGAUACCAUAUGCUUUGACAACCCUACUCUUUCUGGGACCCAUAUAUGUCAACAUUCAAAAUGAAUCAAUACGUUCCUAUCUGGAUUUGGAUUACUGGCGCGGUUCAUUUAAUAGCAUAAUUUGGCUUAGAAAUUUAGUCAUGGCUCCGUUGAGUGAGGAGUUUGUCUUUCGCGCUUGCAUGAUGCCUUUGAUAUUGCAAAGUUGCUCACCAUUGGUAGCGGUUUUUAUAACGCCUUUGUUCUUUGGUGUGGCCCAUUUGCAUCAUAUAGCCGAACGGCUGAGUCUGGGUGUGAAACUUAGCACUGCCCUUCUGAUUGGUUUAUUUCAAUUCAGUUAUACAACCUUGUUUGGAUUUUAUUCGGCAUUCCUGUUUGCUAGAACUGGCCAUUUGAUAGCUCCAUUUUUGGUUCAUGCAUUUUGUAAUCAUAUGGGCUUGCCAGAUUUACAGGAUCUCUGGCAACAGGAUUUAUGGCGUCGGAUUAUUGCCAUUGUUUUGUAUAUCGUUGGUUUCAUUGGCUGGAUUUUCCUAUUGCCGUAUGCUACGGCUCCGUAUUUAUAUGACAAUACGCUUUAUUGGAAUGUUUAAAAAGUGGACGACCAGUUGCGGUUGCAGCGGUGUUUAGCAUAAUUUAUUCAGUUGCCAUAAGUCAAUAUAUUAUGUGUAGUGCAUAUCAUUUAAAUAAUAAAUAAGUCUUCCGCACAAUA